GAGGAAGAGAAAGAGGAGGAUGCAGUUUAUGGAGUGAAAGAGGAGGAGGGGGAGAUGACUGUCACAUUGGAGGAAGAAGAGGAGGUUGGAGAUCUGUUUAACACCAGAGAGAGAAGUGACUAUCGUGGAUCCUCUGGGGAGCCUCAACAACAUCAUGAUGCUGACGAGGCAGAGAAGAGUCUCUCCAGAUCAGAACUCCUCAAGAAACACCAGCAGAGGCUCACAGGGAAGAAAUCUUACUGCAAAUCUACAUCAGUACUUAAAAUACACCAGCGAGUACUCACAGGAGAGAAAGCUCACCACUGUUUUGAUUGUGGGAAGAGUUACUCAAGAGCAGAUGCACUGAAAGUACACUUGAGAAUUCACACAGGAGAGAAACCUUUUGGCUGUGAUCAAUGUGGGAAGAGUUUUACUGAGUCAUGCAGCCUGAAAUCACACCAGAGAACACACACAGGAGAGAAACCUUAUGUCUGUGAUCAAUGUGGGAAGAGUUUUACUCAACCAGACAGCCUGAUAGUGCACCAGAGAAUACACACAGGAGAGAAACCUUAUAGCUGUUAUCAAUGUGGGAAGAGUUUUACUACAUCUAGCCAUCUAAUUGUACACCAGAGAACACACACAGGAGAGAAACCUUAUGGCUGUGAUGAAUGUGGGAAGAAAUUUACUGCGUCAAACUCCUUGAUAGUGCACCAGAGAAUACAUACAGGAGAGAAACCUUAUAGCUGUAGUCAAUGUGGGAAGAGUUUUACUCAACCAGACAGCCUGAUAGUGCACCAGAGAAUACACACAGGAGAGAAACCUUACAGCUGUUAUCAAUGUGGGAAGAGUUGUACUACAUCUAGCCAUCUAAUUGUACACCAGAGAACACACACAGGAGAGAAAGCUUUUAGCUGUGAUCAAUGUGGGAAGAGUUUUGGUACAUCUAGCCAUCUAAUUGUACACCGUAGAACACACACAGGAGAGAAAUCUUAUUGCUGUGGUCAAUGUGGGAAGAGUUUUGGUCAAUCUGGCCAUCUGACAGUGCACCAAAGAAGACACACAGGAGAGAAACCUUAUAGCUGUGGUCAAUGUGGGAAGAGUUUUGGUCAAUCUGGCCACCUGACAGUGCACCAGAGAACACACACAGGAGAGAAACCUUAUAGCUGUGGUCAAUGUGGGAAGAGUUUUAGUACAUCUGGCUAUCUGACUGUACACCAGAGAACACACACAGGUGGACAAACUUUGUAGCUGUGAUCAAUGUGACAAGAGAUUCUCUGAUAAAAGAUCUCUGAUUAAACAUCAGAAAAUACAUACAUGAAGGAAUUGUUUCAUGAUAUCAAUGAAAUAUCCCACUUAGCAAAAUGGAAUUGAAAAGAUGUUGAAAAUAAGACUAAAUAAGACCAAUAUACAUUCGGUUGAAAGUGAAAAUGUAGAUGUUUUUCUGGUAGCUUUUUAAAUGACUUGAAAACAACUUAAUUUCAACGUACUUGCAGCCUAUACACAUGGACACAGUAUAAUAAAUUGGUCUAUAAUCAAUUUUAUUAACAAUCCUACAUCACUCCAGCAUUUCUUUACAACAUCCAAGUGUCUUUAUUCCACUACUGAAGAAGCAGGUCUCAAAUCACCUCAUAUUUCAAACAUCCAGCCUGGCAAAAAAUACAUGUUUUAUUAUUCCAUGCCUCACCAUUAAGUUAAUUAUUGCCAAUACAUAUUAACA